AUGGUGAUGUGUUCAGGUACCUCUUCUCUCCAGGAGCAGGUGUUUCUUCUCGGUGUCACAGUUCUCCAAAGUGCGCGUUGCGGCGCGGUGCGGUGCGGCGCGGUGGUCCUGCGUCACAGGAAUCACGGGAGGCUCAUCACGCCCGUUGAGUCCAAACUGAGGGGGGGGUCUGAGGGUCUCAUCAAGUUCCCCGGUCACAGGUCCUGCAACAUGAACGUAAUGCGGCUUGUCGCAUUUUGUGAGGGCGAACAACCGGACAAGACGAACUUUCCGUUCUCGGAUGGCACCGGGAGGACGUUUGGGACAAGUUUCGGUUUGCGAAGUCGACAUGAACUUCAAGCCGCGGGGAAACUCAAGCGAUUAUAUUCGCAUCGCUUUAAUCCGGUGUCCGAUGUGAACGUACCAUUAGAGUUACCUCGUUCCCCUUAUUCUUCAAGGUUGAGGAAGAUGAACGUCCAGACUCCCAUUGGGGUCACAAUCUCGGUGUACCCGGGUCACCAGACGGAGGGCUUCUUGGAUCAGGUGCUGCUGGCCAGUGUGGUGGUAGAGCGAUGGUACAUGGCUCCCGGCGUCCGUAGAGUCCCGAUAACAGAGGGCAGACUCACUGCAACCCUCUUCCUGCCCUCAGGACCUGGUCCUUUCCCCGGACUCUUGGACCUUUGGGGGUGGGGAGGGAAGCUGGUGGAGUGCCGGGCAGCGCUGCUGGCCUCCCACGGCAUCGCCUCCCUGGCCCUCUACUACCUCACACCUAAGGGAACUGGGAAAAUGGUGGAUAAUGAUUACUUUGAGACGGCCUAUAGAGUCCUGGAGCAGCAUCCUCAGAUCCUCGGCAGCAGGAUCGCCAUGUUGGGUCUUUCCUUCGGCGCCGGUGUCACCCUCAGAAUGGCUGUUUACUCCAAAGUUCUCAAGCUCAGCUGUGCAGUGUGUAUCAAUGGGAGUCAUGUGCAGCCGAUUGACGGACCUCUGGAACAAAUAAUUACUUACUUUAACAACAACGUUGAGAAGGCUCACUAUGACGAGGAUAACCAACUGAUCUGGAGAGAUCUGCAGCUGCCCAUCCCCACAGACCCCUCACUCAAAGUGGACGUGGGACGACUGCAGUGUCCUCUGCUGCUCAUCGUCGGUGAGGACGAUCAGAACUGGCCCUCCUACGAGUCUGCAAUGGACAUGAGAGAGAUGAUGGAGCGAGCGGGGANCUUCAGGAGGACGCGUCACUGCGACACUGCUGCGUUAUAUAUUUCCAUCUCUGCGUGGGAGAGCCAGCGUCUCUGUUUAUGA